AUGUGGAACGACGAGGAUAACAACCCGUACGGCGCAUUCGAUAGCGAGGCACGUCUUUCGGAAUCGCUACACUCUGCAGCAUUGUCACCUCCUCUCUAUGAUCCCGAACACAGUCCGUCACCCUCCAGCCGAUCCUCCAACCAGGAUCCCCCCGAGUACAUUUCCCGACCGCAGGAUCUGAGCGACGAGGAUGAAUCUGAAGACUAUGGCGCCCAGCAGACGAGUCACGGUUAUUCCCGAAAGAGCCAUUACGAUAGCCGUAUAGAACAGAUUCUCUACGAGAACCCGGACAUGCCGAUCAUCAUCACGGACGCCGGGAAGAACCAUGAGGGCGGCGGUAGUUUCAUUGUAUAUACGAUACGGACUGGAGAUCUGGAAGUCCGACGACGAUACUCCGAGUUCGCUUCCUUGCGACAGACACUGGUGAACCUCCAUCCCACGCUCGUCAUCCCCCCGAUUCCAGAGAAGCAUACAAUGGCCGAUUAUGCUGCCAAGCCUACCAAAGCCAAGGAAGACUCCGCCAUCAUCGAUUUGCGCAAACGAAUGCUUGCCGUCUUCUUGAAUCGGUGUCGCCGGAUGAAGGAAGUUCGGGAAGAUGGAGUCUGGUGGAGAUUCCUCGAUCCGAACGUUAGCUGGAGCGAGGUUCUUCAUUCCCACCCUGCAUCGUCCGUGCCAAAGAAUAACCUGAAGGCCCCUCCCCUCGACCCCGCUAACCCUACGGCUGCUCACUCCUGGCUUCCGGUUCCCUCGAGCUCCGCAAAGCUUAAAUCGGCACCGAGCGGUGCGACUUCUGGCACUACGGACGCCGCCGCCAGCGUGCCUGGACCUGAUGUACUGGGCCGUUUCCCGCCUGAAUCGAAGAAACUGAGUGAACAGGAUCUGGAUCCGUACUUUAUCAAUUUCGAAGCCUCUACGCGGGAACUUGAGCUACUUCUUCAAGGUAACAUCGAAAAGGUCAACCGUCGCACGCUGGCGCAUCUGUCGUCCUUGUCUGCGGAUCUCAUGGAGUUGGGCGCGCGGUACAACGGUUUCUCUUUAUCUGAACAGUCGCCGACCGUCGCUGCGGCUAUCGAGCGCAUCGGUCAAGCGGCUGAUACGUCCUACAUUGCGACUGAGGAGCUGUCGUCCUCGCUAAGCGCAAGUUUUGCAGAGCCCAUGAGGGAGAGCGCCCAGUUCGCCAGUGUUGUCCGCAGCGUGUUACGGUACCGAGUUCUCAAACGUGUGCAAGAAGAGAUGACACGAGAUGAGCUGGCCAAGAAGAAGACUCUGCUGGAUUCUCUAGAGAGAAGCGAGCUCGAAGCGAAACGUAUCGAGCAGUAUCUCAAUCGUGCCUCACCUCAAUCUGCGCCGAACCGACCUCAACGUUCCUUGUCUGCUUCAUCAGCAGCCAGUGGCGCUGGCAGCCGUGAGGGGGAUGGGCGCUCUGCGGGUUCGGAAGACACAGCUUCUGCGGACUCCGAUUUCCCACCUACUCAUGGAGAGGCGAUCAGCUCGCAGCCGCAGCCAUACCCCACUUCUCCGCCUCGGAGGCCUGAGUUGGGGCCAUCCGCUCCUCCCGCUCACCGCAAAACGUCAAGCGGCACGUUUGUAGCGAACAAAAUAUUUGGUCGCAUUAGUCAUGCGAUACAUGGCUUUGCCGAUGUGGACCCCGAACGCACGCGACGAGAUCAGAUUGGAAAGACUAAGGAGAGCUUGAUACAGCUGGAACAAGCGCUCGAAGUCUCCGAAAAGGAUGUCAAGGACGCGAGUGCCGGAGUAUUACAAGACUUGAAGCGGUUUCAGAAGGAUAAGGAGGCCGAUUUACGGCGAUAUAUGGUCGCAUAUGCUCGCUGUCAUCUGGACUGGGCGCGAAAGAACCUGGAAACUUGGACAGAGGCCAAGGAUGAGGUGGACAAGAUUGUCGCUCGAUAG